AUGUAUAUUGCCUUGCAGAUUCAUCAAAUGCGCCACACGCCUGUUUGCCAACCUGUAGCCUACGUGUUGUCCAUCAGGUGGUGGGCUCGAGGGCGUUCCGUGUUUGGUGUCAACGAAAACUUCCACGUCGUCGCGCUCAGAUUUUUCCACGGAGGCAGAGGGACUGAAGGUGGGCCCAUUGCCCGCUUCCCCGGGAGGACUGCAAACGUGGCUGCUAACCUGACUUCCACCGUGCAGGGUCGCCCACUGUGCUCUAACGGGACGCCCUGGAUCCUCUAUCUGUUCGAGGAAUGCGUGGAGAAUGUGUGGGAAUACUGGAGUGUAGUCAUCGGGCUGAUCUCCAUGUUCUGUUUCUUGCUGUCUACUCUACCACAAGUCUACGAGGCUUAUCGCAAUGGUAAAGUGGAGGAGGCCAUGUCUAUUGGCUUUCUGCUCUUCCUCUUCAGUGGGGACAUCAGCAGUCUGAUAGGCUGCGUCCUGACCAGCCAGCUGCCCAUCCAGAUUGUGACAGUAGUGUUCUACAUCUUCACUGAUCUCCUGCUCAUCUCCCAGUUCCUCUACUACAAGAUCAAGAACAAAUUGUCUAAAAAGCGCCCCAUGUUGAAGUGGUUGUGUUUCCUGUGGUGCGGGGCUUCCACUGUGGCCCUCCUGAUCCUCCCCAAGUCCAUCACUGACAACAAUACCUCUGCCAACACUGAGAGUGCCUCUAACAGCGUGGAGAUCUCUGGUUAUGCCUGUGGAUACCUGGCCUCCAUAUUCUACCUCUCCUCUCGUUUUCCACAGCUCUACACAAAUUUUAAGAGGCUGUCUACAGAGGGCACGUCAUACAUGCUGUUUGCCCUGGCCAUGAUGGGCAACGGGACCUACGGGCUCAGUGUCAUUGUGGUUCUGCCAGCUCUGACCGGCUCCAAACAGACCUUCAUCCUCAAACAUCUGGCCUGGCUCAUCGGCAGCCUGGGAGUCCUCCUCCUAGACUUCUUCGUCACCGCCCAGUUCAUCAUCUACAGGAAGAACAGCUCCGGUAAAACCAGCAAAAAGCUGAAAGUUCCUGAAGUAGAACCUCUGCUCUGUGAAGAGGAGGAGCUGUCCAGGUUCUAG